CUAAAUGUCAUUUCUUUCAUUUUCUUUUCUUCCUCGUUUUUUUUGUUGGUAGCCCAGGGGAGCCCGAGGUGGUACCUGGUGUGUGCACUCAUCACAAUCGCCUGCUCUGGACCAGUUUCGCCUCUUCAUGCCCCUCCGGCGACCCCGGAUCUCCGAUCUGCUUUCUCUGCCACCCGCACCAACAGCGUGAUCAGCGGCAAGCAGAAGGAAAUGACCUUCGACAGGCUCAUGGUCAACAUUGGAGGGGACUUCAAUCCGGACACCGGUCACUUCCGCUGCCCUGUCCCUGGGGCUUACUACUUCUCCUUCUCCGUGGGUAAGUUUCCGAAGAUACUGGUGAAGAACGGAGAGGAGGUGCAGGCGAUGGCGUACGACGACUACCGCAAGAAAGGGAGGAAACUCCAAAGCCAGAGUGUCAUGAUCAGUUUGAAGGAGAUGGACACAGUGUGGCUGCUUUUACAGCAGAAUCCCCAAUACGCUUUGUACAGCAAUGCCGUCCCUUACAUCACCUUCUCUGGAUAUCUUGUCCUUCCUGAUGUUUUGCCUAACAGCUACGUCAGCAACCAGGUGGGGACACCACCAGGGCUGUUCCAAUCAGUGCCGUCCCAUCCCAACUGCCCCCCCCAGUCUGACCCCUCGGCCAGAGGUCAGACGUCAGAGCAGCCCCAGUCUGCCUUCUCUGUGGCACGGACCUCCACACUCAUGGGUCAGAACAUCAGGCAGCAGGACAAGUCACCUUUGACCUUUGAUGUGGAGUUCGUCAACAUCGGGGGGCAUUUCAACCAAACCUCGGGCCUGUUCACCUGCCACUUCCCGGGCGCUUACUUCUUCGCCUUCACCGUGGGGAAGCACGCUCGCAGGGCCGUUUCCGUGAAGCUGAUGACGGGAAAGGGGGAGGUGCAGGCGAUGGUGUUCGACGGCCGGGGCGACAGUGUGUGGCUGUACAGUCAGCAGGAUGAGCAUUAUGCCGUGUACAGCAACCAGGGGAGGUACACAACCUUUUCUGGCUUCCUCUUUUAUCAUGAAGCAGAACCUGCCUCCACUCAAGACGGAGCCGCCCUCUGAUUGUCUCAUACUUUUGUAACACAUUCAACAUUUUACAUUGUAGAAAAUCGUUAGAGCAUGUUUUUGACUUAUCUUCAGCGAGUAACUCCAUAUAUUUGUUCCCACAUUACUCCAAUAGAGGGCGCUAUGAUACAAUUAUGGAUACUAACCAGCCUGCAACAAGGUUAUUUCUGUUCUUUUAAGUGAAAAUAGCUGAAAGAAAUCACUAAAUGUGUUGGAUGAAAAUGAUUCGUCAGUAAAAUAAAACAAUUGUUUCAUAAAUGUAUUUACCAUUUAUAAUGAUUUGUAUUCAGAUGUUUUAAAAGCAUUUUUUUACGUUUCAAUUUUUUUUUACGUUAAUAUUGCAUACCAAAGAAUAUUAUGUAAAUUAUGUAUAGUUUAUCAAAAUGUUCUUACUGUAAACAUGAUAUUCAGUGGCAUAUCAUGGUCAUGUAAGUGGUGAUAAUAGUGAUAAUAGUACUUUUAUUUUGUAGAGAUAAAUCUCUGUCUCAUUUCAGACAACAAAAUAAAUGAGUAUGCUUCAUUGAA